AUGAAUUCAGCUCUUAUUUGUGUGCUAUUUUUAUUUUCUCCUCUGAUCUUUGCAUUGCCAAUUGAUCAUUCAGUUGAUUGUCCAUUCCCAAAUGGAACUGACAAAGCAAUUCAUUCAUAUAUGUGCUCGGACAAUGAACAAUUCAGUAUUUCUGAUAUCGAAACAUAUGAUAUGAAUGGAAAACCAUUAUAUCCAAUUGAUCCACGUCAAGAAUUCAUUCUCAAUUUGACAACUUAUAAUCAUGGUCCACAAAUUGAUGACAACAAAGUUAAUGUCAAAAUUUAUCAAUAUAAAGCUGGAUGGUCUGGAGAUUGUCAAUGGACAUCAAUUCCAACUUUUGGAUUAUUGUAAGUUCUUUUUUCUCAUUGAAAAAAAAAACAAAACCGUAUUUUAUAGAAAUGGUAUUGAUGGAUGUGACUUUGCUCAUAAUUGUCCCCUCACUUCUGGUCCAUUAUAUUUGAUUCUUCCAUUGGAUCUUAGUCAAUUCUCAUCAAUUAUCAAUGCACUUGCCGCCUACGUAAGUCUAUUUUUAAUUCUGUUGUUUUUCCAAACUAAUUUCAAUUAUUUUAUAGAAACCAUAUCAAUUGGAAAUUCGCAUGUUCGACUACAAUGCAAAUUCAAAACACGAAGAAAUUGCCUGUGUUAUGGCACAAGUCGAACUCUCCUAA